AUGGGGCUAAAGGAGGCAGCACGUCUGAAAAUAACAUCUAUAAGUGAAUCAACUCGUUGGCAUGCAAGAUUGGGACACGUCAACCUCCGGACUAUGAAGGCAAUGAUUCAAAGGGAACUCGUUACAGGCAUCCCAAGUGUUCAGAUUACUAAGGAGAUCUGUUCGUCGUGCCUUCUUGGAAAGCAAACUCGGCAAGUGUUUCCGAAAGCAACUACAUAUCGAGCAUCCAUAAACCUAGAGCUAGUACAUGGAGAUGUUUGUGGUCCCAUAACACCGAGUACGUUCUCAGAGUGCAUCGAUAGAGAACAAAGCAACGUGAGAGAAGAACAGGAUAAAUAUAAUACACUUGGAGAAGAGAACCCGACGGAGACAGAAGCUGUUAGCGAUCACAUUCCAUUAAGGAGAAGCGAGAGGCAGCAUGUAAAGCCAAAAUAUCUAGAGGAUUAUGUGAUGCUUGCCGAGGAAGAAGGAGAGAUCGUGCUGUUAUACCUAAACAAUGAGCCAAGGAAUUAUCGUGAAGCUAGCGAGCUGAAAGAGUGGAUUAUGGCGUGUGAAGAUGAGAUCCAUCUAUUAUUAAGAACGAGAUGGAUCUUUAAGAUUAAGAGUAACUCUGACGGUACAAUCAACAAAUACAAAGCUCGUCUAGUGGCUAAAGGGUAUGUACAACAAUAUGGAAUUGAUGUCGAAGAAGUAUUUGCGUCAGUAGCUCGACUAGAGACUAUACGGUUGCUUAUCAGUCUCGCUGCAACUAAAGGAUGGGAGGUUCAUUACUUAGAUGUCAAAACUGCAUUCUUGCAUGGGGAGCUAAACGAGACGGUAUAUGUAAUGCAACCUGAAGGAUUUGAAGUAAAGGGAAGAGCAAACACAAGGAUCAUUGAUGAGUUCAAGAAAGAGAUGGCUUCCAAGUUUGACAUGAGUGAUCUUGUGUUUACUCGUGCAACACCAGAUAUCCCAAAGCUGGCGAAAUACAGUGACAGCAGUUAUAACAAGCAGGAAACUGUUGCACUAUCCUCUUGCGAAGCUGAGUUCAUGGCAGGGACAGAAGCGGCUAAACAAGCUACAUGGUUACAAGAGUUGUUACGCGAGGUCACUGAGCAACCGUGUGAGAGAGUGGUGACUAAGAUUGACAAUUAG